AUGGUUAAAUCGUAUCAACGUUUUGAACAAAGUGGUCUUUUUGGGUUAAUUUCUACUUCAAAUCAGUCGAUCUAUCUUCCAGCUACGAACUCAACGUCUGGCAAGCUAAUUACAGGUGCUCUGGAGAAUAUUCAAAUAUGGACAUUGAAAACUAAUGAGGUGGAAGUACUUACUGAUGGGCUACCUAUCGGUGCAGUAGAGACUAAUAUUUCUAAACCUUCAGUAGUAACUGCGAUGUGUUUCCACAAGGAAACAGAGUUGUUAUGUGUUGGUUACGAAGAUGGUGUGAUUAAAGUGUGGGAUCUGCUUUCUAAAAGUGUAUUGAUGCAGUUUAACGGACACAAGAGUGGUGUUACCGUGUUGAGAUUGGAUUCCGAGGGUACUAGAUUAGUUUCUGGUAGUAAAGACAGUGAUUUGAUCAUUUGGGAUUUAGUCGGUGAAGUUGGUUUGAUGAAACUCAGAUCACAUAAAGAUGCCAUUACUGGUAUCUGGAUAGACCAUAAUAUGGACUGGCUUAUUAGUGUGGCCAAGGAUGGUCUUAUCAAGGUAUGGGAUCUUAAGGCUGGUGGUCAGUGUGUUGAGACGCAUAUGGCGCAUACUGGUCAAUGUUGGUCGAUGGCAAUCGAUGAGGAAGUCAUAAUAACCACCUCGAUGGAUUCACAGGCCAAGAUAUGGGAAUUAGAUUUAGAGAAGAGUAAUGGAGAAAAAAUUUCAGAACGUGGUACUUUCGAGACCGAAAGUAAGCAAAGAGGUGUUUCCACUGAAUUUAUCACAGCACCAAACGGUACCAGGUUUUUCUAUAUCCAGAAUAACGACAAGACAAUAGAAAUCUUCCGUAUCAGACCGGAAGAAGAGAUCAGGAAAGCUCUUAAUAGACGUGAAAAGAGGCUAAGGGAUAAGGGGGCCUCUGAAGAGGAAAUUCAGGAGGCGGUUAACCCAAAUGAUAUCAGCGUUUUAUUCCAUUCGUUCUCCACGGUACGCUCAAGUUACAAAAUUAAAUCCUCCAACUGGAUUCAAGCAAGUAAUAGCAAGUUGGAAGUGGUUCUCACAACUUCUAACAAUACCAUUGAAAGUUAUCAAAUUCCAUACAGUAAAAGAGAUGCAGAACCACCAGUGAGAAGGUAUAACGUCGAAUUACAAGGUCAUAGAACUGAUAUCAGAUCUAUGGACAUCAGUGAUGAUGGGAAACUAUUGAGUACAGCAUCUAACGGAGAAUUGAAAGUAUGGAAUCUAACUACAAAGAAAUGUAUCCGUACCUUUUCCUGUGGUUAUGCGUUGUGUUCCCAGAUGCUACCUGGUGGAUUAUUGGUGGUUGUGGGUACAAGACAAGGUGAACUUCAGCUAUUUGAUUUGGCUAGUUCUACAUUACUAUCUACUACAGAAGCACAUACGGCAGCAAUCUGGUCAUUAGAUUUGACUAGCAAUGGUAAAAGACUGGUCACUGGUUCAGCGGACAAAAGUUGUAAAUUUUGGGAUUUCGAGGUUGUUGAACAAUUGGUCCCAGGCACAAAGGAUAAAUACAUUCCUCAACUUAAAUUAGUCCACGAUACGACUUUGGAACUAACUGAUGAUAUUUUGGCUGUUAAGAUAUCAUCAGAAGAUAGAUACUUAGCCGUUUCAUUACUAGACAAUACUGUGAAAGUAUUCUUUUUCGAUUCUUUGAAGUUCUACUUAAGUCUUUAUGGUCACAAACUACCUGUACUUUCUAUUGAUUUUUCUGUAGAUUCCAAGAUGUUAAUUACUUCAUCAGCAGAUAAGAACAUCAAGAUCUGGGGUGUUGACUUUGGUGACUGUCACAAGUCCAUAUUUGCUCAUCAAGAUUCUAUCAUGUCAGUAAGAUUCGAAGCCGACACUCAUAAUUUCUUCAGUUGUGGUAAGGAUGGUGCUGUCAAGAGAUGGGAUGGUGACAAAUUUGACUGUAUUCAAAAGCUCAAUGGUCACCAAAGUGAAGUGUGGUGUAUUGCAGUGUCACCAGAUGGAAGAACCGUUGUGUCUACUUCUCAUGAUCAUAGUAUUAGAGUAUGGCAAGAAACUGACGAUCAGGUAUUCUUAGAAGAAGAGAAAGAAAGAGAGAUGGAAGAAGAGUAUGAAGAAACACUAUUGAAAUCAUUAGAAGGUGGAUCAGGAGACGAUCAGUUCCUUAGGGACAAAAACAGUGGAGAUGACGGAGUGAUUGAUGAGGUUAGUGGUGUUAAUAAGCAAACUCUUGAGUCUUUAAAAGCAGGUGAAAAGUUAAUGGAAGCUCUAGACUUAGGUGUAGCCGAGAUCGAAUCCUGGGAAAAUUACGAAAAAUCUCUUAAGUCAUGGAAAAAGAAGAAAAGUGGUGAACCACCAAUGAAACCUCAAAGUAACGCCAUCUUAAUUGCCAUGAAAAUAAAACCGGAAAAAUACAUCAUGGACACACUAGGGAAAAUUAAACCAUCACAACUCGAAGAUUCUUUACUUGUGCUCCCAUUCUCAUAUGUUAUCAAAUUCUUCAAAUUCUUUGAUGUGAUAAUGAAGCAAAAAGAUUUAGUGUUGUUACAUCUAAGUCUCAUUUGUAAAAUCCUAUUCUUUAUAGUUCGCACGAACAAUAAGGAAUUAGUCGCUCAAAAGAAUGAAGAAUUGAAACAGAGAAUUGAAAGAGUGAAGACCAACAUCAGAACAAUGUUGCAAAAAAAUGCAGACGAUCUUGGGUUUAACAUCGCCGGUCUUAACUUCAUCAAACAGCAAUGGAACUUAAGACAUAACUUGGAGUUCACUGAUGACUAUUCGCAGUUAGAGCAUGAGAAAAAGGUUGCAAAGAAGAGAGUUUUCGAAACUGUUCGCUAG